AUGUCCUGCUACGUCGUGAACAGGCAGAACGGCGCCGGGGAAAGAGCCACGGUGAAAGUCGCCACCUACGGGGUGGCACUUGGAACACUAGGCGCACCUGCGGCGGCGAGCAUGGCGGAGGGCGACGAGUUCUACGUGCGCUACUACGUGGGCCACAAGGGCAAGUUCGGCCAUGAGUUCUUGGAGUUCGAGUUUCGGCCCGACGGCCGGCUGCGCUACGCGAACGACUCGAACUACAAGAACGAGAGGAUGAUCCGGAAAGAGUGCUACGUCACGCAAGCUGUCAUGAGGGAGCUUCGGAAGACGAUCGAGGACAGCGAGAUAUUGAAGGAGGAUGACAAUCACUGGCCUGCACCAGACAGGGUUGGCAGGCAGGAGCUGGAGGUGGUGUGCGGAAAGGAGCACAUCUCUUUUACAACAUCGAAAAUCGGGUCCUUGGCUGACGUGCAGGCAUCCAAGGACCCGGAGGGUUUGAGGGUAUUCUACUACUUGGUUCAGGAUCUUAAGUGUUUUGUGUUCAGCCUGAUCGGCCUCCACUUCAGCAUGGCGGAGGGCGACGAGUUCUACGUGCGCUACUACGUGGGCCACAAGGGCAAGUUCGGCCAUGAGUUUUUGGAGUUCGAGUUUCGGCCCGACGGCCGGCUGCGCUACGCGAACGACUCGAACUACAAGAACGAGAGGAUGAUCCGGAAAGAGUGCUACGUCACGCAAGCUGUCAUGAGGGAGCUUCGGAAGACGAUCGAGGACAGCGAGAUAUUGAAGGAGGAUGACAAUCACUGGCCUGCACCAGACAGGGUUGGCAGGCAGGAGCUGGAGGUGGUGUGCGGAAAGGAGCACAUCUCUUUUACAACAUCGAAAAUCGGGUCCUUGGCUGACGUGCAGGCAUCCAAGGACCCGGAGGGUUUGAGGGUAUUCUACUACUUGGUUCAGGAUCUUAAGUGUUUUGUGUUCAGCCUGAUCGGCCUCCACUUCAGGCAAUCCUUCUUUCGGCCGGCGUAUGACAUCGGCUGCUUGCGGCAAUCCCCGUCACCGUGCCAGCGCACCAUCGACUUCAGGCACGACGGCUCGGCCGAGAUCUCUCCCGCGCCUCGGGCCGACCGCACCGACAUGGACUACCAGACGCUGCCCCUGACCAAGUGUAUGAAGCGGGACCAACUCUGGUCACACCGGCCGGCGAAGCCGCAAGUCGAAUUCGUGGUGGACAAUCAGACUCUCGCUCAGCUUGUGAACGUGGAGAUCCGCAUCGCGAACCCGCACUACGAACAGGCGCCCGACGACGCUGGGCCUGCCGUGAGCAGCGCCAUUUCUGACCUCAACGCUCUCCUCGUGGAGGGCCCGUGCUCGCCAGACGUGGCCCUGAGGGCCCUGGGGAGGCUGCUGCGGCCUGCGGCCCAGGACGAGGAUCAAGAUGGUGAGGAGUUUGUGGAUUUGGACACUGCCGAAGAGGCUCCGCAAGUCCACGAAGCAUCCGUUCUGCCCUCUGCUGGCGACGACGCCGAGCUGGAAGGGGCCAUGGGCCGGCUGGUCGCCGCCGUGUCAGCUGCUGCGACCGAGGCAGGACUCGACCUAUCCGCCGGGUCGGCUGCCCUCAUGCUGCGGCACUGCCGCUGGGACGAUGCAGAGGUGCUUCGGCGGCUUCGGGCUGGCGCCCCCGAGUUGGCGGCCGCAGCGGGCGUGGCGGAGGGACCCCUCCCGGAGCCCAGCUGGGGCCGCGGGGCUGUGGGCACGCUCGCGGGCGGCGCCGCCCCAGUGGUGCGAUGCGGCGUCUGCUUCGACGACGUGCCCACGCCGGCGGCGUUGUCCCUUCAAUGCGGCCACCCUUUCUGCAUGGACUGCUGGCAGCAGCAGCUCGCGGUCGUCGUGCGCGGCGGACCAGGCGGUGGCACUCGGCUGCUGGACGCCAGGUGUCCCACGCCAGGCUGUCGGGUGCUGCUGGGGCAGGAGAUCUUCGAUCGGCUGGGUACGCCUCAGCAGGCGGAUAUGUACCGGCGCGCACUGCUGCGAUCCUUCCUGGAGGAGGGCGGGGCCGUGGUCGACUGCCCGGGCUGCUCUCGACGGGUGAUCCUGGGGCCCGCCAGGCCGGACGCGGGGCCCUGCCGGCGGUGCAGCCGCCGGUUUUGCUCGCUGUGCUUCCAGGGCCCGCACGGGCCCACGACGUGCGCAGAGCGGCGCGUGUGGCAGAAGAUGCUGGAGGGCGCGGGCCAGGGCACCCUCUCCAGGUGGGUGUCGAGGCUGACCAGCCUCCUGUCGCUCCACGAGGACGCCGUGGCGCGCCGGUGCCCGAACCCGUCGUGUGGCGUCAUGAGCCAGAAGAUCGAGGGGUGCCUCUUCUCGGGGGACAUCACGUGGCUGGACGGGGACUCGUCCCUGCAGGAGGACGCCAAGUUCGAGUUCCACAGGGAGCUGUGGGAGGCUCGGCAGAAGGACCUCGAGGGAGCGAGGGCGCGGCCGCUGAGCGAGGGACUGGCCGCUUCGCUGGAGCACGAGGCCGAGUGCGAGCUCGGUGGCGCGGCCACCGAGGCCCGGGAGGUCCUUGUGCACGGCGCGGCCUGGAGGUUCUUCGAGAAGGACCCCGCAAAGCUGCGCCUCUUCGAGUUCGCGGAGAGCGACCUCGAGAAGCUGCUCGCGCAGGUCGUUCAGAGCAGGCCCGUCCUCGCGACGUCUGGUGGCCGCUUCGAGCGCGGCGAGUCGUCGGCGCAGCGCUGGGCGCUGGCGUCGAGGCCUGCAGCCAUGUCGGCCAGGCCUCUCUUGGAGGAGAGACGCAAGAUCGGGAUCGCCAAGGCUGCCUGGCAGUUGGAGGAUGCCAUGAAGGACCGGCAGGUGGCUGCUUACCCAGAAUCUAUUGAGGGACUAUACGGUAUGCAGCGAGGCGGCCAGCUCGGCUCGAGCCCGGCGGCCGCGUGCGUCCUGGCGGCCCCCGAUGCCAAGCCGUGCCAGGGGGUGCCCGGAGGUGCCAGGGAGUGCGUGGAGGCAGCGGGAUCUGUCCUGCCCGAGUGCCGGUCCUUCUCCGAGGGGGUGGCCUCGGACAAUGCGGCCCUUUCGAGGUCUGGAGACCCGCCGUCCUUUGUGCAGGCCGCGCGCGCGCGCCAGGCGCCGCGGGGACGAGCCGGCGGCUGCCGAUGGGCAGGCCGCCCGCCCGCUGCCGCCGGGCGGGCCGCCCGCGGAGGCGCAGUCCGCCGAGCAGGCGGCGGAGCCCGCCGCAGCCGGGGCCUGGAGCAGUGCCGCGGCGGUGGAGGAGCGCUGGCGUGUCCGAUCCGAGGAGUCGGCCUCGCCAGCCUGGAGGCCAGAGUCGCCGAGGCCGCUCCCAGCCUGGGGAUCGAGGCGAGACUGCGAGCGGUCUCGCAGAAGGUCUACGCCGGGGACACCAUGGCGCCUGGGCUUCUCGUGGUCAUGAUCGUCCUACUUGCCGUGGGCAGCACCUGCACGGCCAUCUUCUGCUGCGACGGCGAUCGACCCGUGAAGGUCGGCCACGCGCCGCCCGAGGCGCCCGCGGAGGACUUCUGCCGCAGGUGUUGCCCGUUCUGGUGGACAGCUUCACCUCCGGCGGCGCAGAUGCUGGCGACCCGACGGCCGUCGGGCCGGCCCAGCCUGCUCGCACCAGCGCAGCACCGGCUACCAGGCGCAGUGCCAUACAGGCAGCGGCAGGCUGCUCCGGGCGCGCUCGACUCCAGGCUGAGCACGUCUAGGUCUACAGUGCCAUCUCUGCUACCUGCAGGCCAGACGCCCGUCAUCACCGGGGACAGCAGGCAGCCUGCGCAGGCGACGGAGGCGCCCUACGGCCUGCCGCAGAUCUACCCUCAGCUCGUCAUGUCUCUGGCGCACACCCGCUUGGCCGUCCCAGCGGAGCCUUUGGCGAACCAAGAGUUCAACGUAGACAUUUUGGGAGUGUCAGGCAAGAUUCUGGUGACGGCUUGCUUGGUUGAGCAGGGCGGAGCUCGCAGGAUCGAGAUCAUGCUCUACCCCGUGGGUACUCUGCUCGCCACGAUCACCUCGCGCCUGGAGCUCUUCGGAGGCUCCGGGGACUUCUUCGGCGCGCUCGUGCCGGAGGGCGGCCGCCACGUGCUGCGCGACGGGGGCGGCGCGGAGAAGCUGGCGGUCGUGCUCUCGCACAGGGAUGACGCGGAGCUCGUGGUACUCUCGGCCGACCCCGCCGACGGGCGGACGAUGGUGGAGCGGGGCAGCGCGGUGCGG